AGUUAAACAUCUUCUUCUUUGAUUUUCUUGAGCAAUUCUUCAGAUCGGGAUACGUAAUUCUUGGAUUUGUUUUGAUCUGUUGUGAUUCAUCGAGCUCCUUAAUUUCUGGUCUUUGUUGAUCAUUUGGAAGCACUGAUCAUUCUGGUUGAGGAAAUGGCUACAAAUGAAAACCUUCCUCCAAAUGUGAUUAAGAAACUAGCCAAAGAAUUGAAGAGUCUUACUGAAUCUCCUCCGGAGGGGAUUAGAGUGAAUGUUAACGAUGAUGACUUUUCGAUUAUAUAUGCAGACAUUGAAGGGCCAGCUGGAACUCCAUAUGAGAAUGGUGUAUUCCGAAUGAAGCUGGUAUUGAAUCAUGACUACCCAGAUACUCCUCCCAAAGGUUUCUUUUUAACUAAGAUUUUCCAUCCAAAUAUCGCAACAAAUGGAGCGAUUUGUGUGAACACUUUGAAGAAGGAUUGGAAACCUAGUCUUGACUUACGGCAUGUGCUCAUUGUAGUGAGGUGUCUGUUGAUAGAACCAUUUCCAGAAUCGGCUUUGAAUGAACAAGCUGGCAAAUUGUUGCUUGAAAAUUACGAUGAAUAUUCCAGACAUGCAAGGAUCUAUACUGGGAUUCAUGCAGUGAAGCCAAAGCCUAAGGUAAAAUCAGGAGCGAUAUCAGAGUCGACCACUGCACUGAAUGUUGAUCAAUUGAAAGGCUCCUCGACUCUCAACAUUGAUCAGAAUCUGCCAGAAUCAACUAUGCCAUUGAGAGAAUCCGCCUCCAAGGGAGUGAACGGGCAGCUCUCAAAUAUUGAGACAGGAGUCAGCGGCUCAAUGACACAGAAGAAGGACAACAACAACAACAACAACGGUUUUGGAAGAACUCAGAUUGACAAGAAGAAAAUAGAUGCAAGAAAGAAGAGUUUGAAGAGAUUAUAACUUGGCUUGACUUGACUUAUCUUGUUAUAAUACAUAUGAAUGUGAAAGAAGUGGGUAAAGAAAAACACAACACACCUUUAUUGCUUGGUUUUGGGUCACAAAUUGUUUCUUCAAUUAGCUGGAUUUGGAAGUGAACUAAGAGUUUUAUUUGAACUAAGUUUAUUUUGAAUUU